GUGGUGAGCUGCAUGCGACGGAAAUAGUUCUGACUUCCUGCAGCUCAGCGUGUUGAGCAGAACUCACGUGUGUGCCGCUCUACACCAGUUUUAUUAAAAUCUGAUCAUCAGAAAGUUUAUUUCUCCCCGCGGAUCAGUGCGGCGUCUGGAGGAAAACAGGACGUAUCUGAACAGGAUCAGUCAUGGGAAGGAAAUUCGAUCCCACCAACAAGGUGAAACGCGGCCCGGGACGCAAAGCCAGGAAACAGAGAGGAGCCGAGACCGAGCUGGCCAAGUUUUUAGUGCACGAUGCCGAGCCUAAAAAACUGUCGAGCCGAGCGAGGAAGCGAGCGGUGAAGAGAACGCAGGUCACUGCUGCACCCACAGAGACAAAACCACCCAAACAAGGAUUCACAGACGAGAACAGCAAGUGGUUAAAACCUGCGGGGCGAAAACGCAAACUGGAGGAACCGGCGGAGGACGAGGACAGUGACAGUCAGUGGGAGGAAGAGGAGGAUGAAGAGCUGGGAGCUGCAAAAGCAAAACUAGAGGAGAGCGGCGGAGAGGAGGAGGAGGAGGAGGAUGAAGAGAUGGUGGAUGAUUACGGAGCGAUGGAGGCCAGCAGUGACGCCGAGGAGCAUGAGGAAGCCGACAGUGACGGGGAGGAGUUGUUACCCAUCGAACGAGCGGCUAGAAAACUGAAACAGCGCCAGGAGGCUCGACCGAGUGAGGAAGACGACGAUGAAGACGAGGACGGAGAGGAAGAUGAAAGUGAAGAUGGGGAGAUGGAUGGUACACAGGAGGAGGAAGAUGAAGAGGAGGACACCGUGCAGGCGAAUAUCGACGCCACCGAAAGCUUCAAACUUCCUGUUUCGGCUGAGAAAGAGGGACUUUUAUCGCUAGACCUGCAGAGCAUCCACCAGAGGAUCAAGGACGUGGUGGACGUGCUGUCCCACUUCAGUGAGAGGAGGGAGGAGGGCAGGGAGAGGUCCGAGUACGUGGCCCUGCUGAAGUCUGACCUCUGCACCUACUACAGCUAUAACGACUUCCUCAUGAGCAAGCUGAUGGAACUGUUCCCCCACUCUGAGCUCAUAGAAUUUCUGGAGGCGAAUGAAGUCCAGAGGCCAGUAACCAUCAGAACCAACACGCUCAAAACCAGGAGGAGAGACCUGGCUCAGGCUCUGAUCAACAGGGGUGUAAACCUUGAUCCUUUGGGAAAGUGGUCCAAAGUGGGUCUGGUCAUCUUUGACUCCUCAGUACCCAUCGGUGCGACUCCGGAGUAUCUAGCCGGACACUACAUGCUGCAGGGGGCGUCGUCGCUGCUCCCUGUAAUGGCGCUCUCACCGCAGGAGGGCGAGUCCGUGCUGGACAUGAGUUCAGCUCCAGGAGGCAAAACCACGUAUAUGGCUCAGCUGAUGAAGAACACGGGUGUAAUCGUGGCUAACGACGCCAGCGCUGACAGGCUGAAGAGUGUGGUGGGGAACAUUCACCGACUGGGAGUCAUCAACACCAUCAUCUGUAACUACGACGGCAGACAGUUCCCUAAGGUGAUGGGAGGUUUUGACCGGGUGCUGUUGGACGCCCCGUGCGCUGGUACAGGAGUCAUCGCCAAAGAUCCAGCAGUAAAAACUAGCAAGGACGAGUCGGAUAUCCUGCGCUCGGCUCACCUACAGAAGGAGCUGAUUCUGGCGGCCAUCGACUCGGUGAACGCCGACUCGCAGACCGGCGGCUACCUGGUGUACUGUACCUGCUCCAUCACGGUAGAGGAGAACGAGUGGGUGGUGGACUAUGCCCUGAAGAAGAGAAACGUCAAACUGGUUCCCACUGGAUUAGACUUUGGCAAGGAGGGUUUCACCAGAUUUCGAGAGAAGCGCUUCCAUCCCUCCCUCAAGCUGACUCGACGCGUCUACCCACACUCGCACAACAUGGACGGGUUCUUUGUCGCGAAGCUGAAGAAAUUCUCCAACGCCAUCCCGUCCGUACCUACAGAUAAAGAAGAAAAAGAAGAAGCGACAGAUAAAACGGAGACGCCGGGUACGUCCUCGGAGAAGAACCCAAAAUCCGGAUCCAAAAAACACACCGAAGGUGCAGCGCAGCAGAAAUCAGCAGACAACAAGCAACCCAAAAGCCCCAAAAACGCCCAGAAACCCGCCCAGAAACCCGCCCAGAAACCCGCCCAGAAAACCGCCCAGAAACCCGCCCAGAAAACCGCCCAGAAACCCGCCCAGAAAACCGCCCAGAAACCCGCCCAGAAAACCGCCCAGAAACAACAGACUGUAGUAACGAGUAAACGAUUAAAAGCUGAAGGUCCUCAGAAGAAGAAGAAGGCCAAACUGGGUGGUCAGAACUCAAACAAGGGCAAGGACCCAGAGGAGGGCAAAGUGAAAACAAACGAGGAGAACCUGCUCAAGAAGAAAAACCAGAAGCAGAAGCAGAAUCAGAAGAGCCUGCUGAAAACCAGAAAGAACCAGUUGGGGAAAAACAAAUUCAAGAAGUUAAAAAACGUGCUGAAGAAACAGGAGGCUGGAGAGUAAAAUAUAAAUAUUAAUAAAUAUUUCAUAAACACAAACAAAGACUUUCUUUAUACAGCGGGAACUAAAUCUGAUGUCUAGUAUCGAGAACUUUGUGUGAAUAAACGGUCUGGGUUCACCAGUAGUAAUAAUAAUAAUCUUUAUUUAACAGUAGGGGGCGCUCUGAGCUUACAAGUUCGAAUCUCAGCUCUGCUACGGCAGGCCGGGUGCCUACAAGGACAAUAAUUGGCUCGUCCGCGGGUGGGAGUGCUGCACUUAUGCCCUCUGCUGGCUGAUCGAUGGUGCUGCACAUAGACGGGGGAUAAUGGGGACCAGUGCUUGACUCUAAUUGGGUACGACUAGAUUGGGAGGAAAGAUUUGAGGGAAAGUGCAUAAUAAACAAUAAGGAAUUAAUAAUGCAUUUGUGUGUAUGUUUAAAAAAAGGUUUUUGUUUUAUUCACAAGUUUUAUGAUGCCUCAUGUAAGUGGCAAAAUAAACUUUUAUAUAAAAGUUAUAAAAUACAAAA